AUAAAUAAAUAAAUAUCCAAUAGAAGAAUAAGUGUGCGUGCUGGAUUUCACACCACAGACCAAAACCAAAACCCGCUCGCAGAGAUGGGAAUCGUAGAGGAAGCUCACAACGUCAGGGUGCUGGGCUCGGGCGAGCAGGUCAUAGUUCUCGCACAUGGCUUCGGCACGGACCAGUCGGUGUGGAGGCACCUCGUACCGCACCUCGUCGACGACCACCGCGUGAUCUUGUACGACAACAUGGGUGCCGGCACAACCAACCCCGACUACUUCGAUUUCGGACGAUAUGCCACUCUCGAAGGCUUCGCUUAUGAUCUUCUCGCUAUCUUAGAAGACCAGCAAGUCGAGUCGUGUAUUUUCGUCGGCCACUCUGUUUCGGCCAUGGUAGGAGCCAUAGCUUCCAUUACCCGUCCCGAUCUGUUCUCUAAGAUCGUCAUGAUCUCUGCUUCUCCUCGGUACCUUAACGAUGUAGAUUACUUGGGGGGCUUUGAUCAAGAGGAUCUAGAUCAACUCUUCGAAGCAAUGAGAGAGAACUACAAGGCGUGGUGCUCUGGGUUCGCGCCACUAGCGGUGGGCGGCGACAUGGACUCGUUGGCGGUGCAGGAGUUCAGCAGAACCCUUUUCAACAUGAGGCCCGACAUAGCCCUGAGCGUCGGUCAAACCAUUUUCCAGAGCGACAUGAGACAGAUACUGGGCCUUGUCACCGUCCCUUGCCAUAUUGUGCAGAGCGUCAAGGACCUGGCCGUACCCGUGGUGGUGUCUGAGUAUCUCCACCAGAACCUCGGUGGCGACUCCAUUGUGGAAGUCAUGUCCUCGGACGGCCACCUCCCGCAGCUGAGCUCGCCGGAUAUCGUCAUCCCGGUUCUUCUCAGGCAUAUCCAGCAUGAUAUAGCGGCGUGAUGGGUGUAAAGAUGGUCAGCAAAUUACACGUGGGGGUUAAUGUUAAUCGUCGUUUAAGUCUGCAUUUUUCCGCAACGUAUUUAGUUUAUCACUGUACUGUACUGUACUGUACUGUAAGAUUCUCUACGUGCAUUUGAAGUUGGAAAUUGUAUUUUCUUAAAAUGGUAGUUUUAAUUGAUGAAGAAAUAAGAAUCUGGGUUUCUUUAAA